GUAGUCUUUUCGCGCGCUUUCAGUUCCUAGACAGGUCGCCAUUCUGCGGAUCCCUUCUCUCUGCCAUCAUGUCCGGCUUCGACGACCCCGGUAUCUUCUACAGCGACAGUUUUGGGGGAGAGCAGCAGGCGGGGGAAGAGGGGCAAGUCAAGAGGUCGCAGCUGAAGAAGCGCUUUAAGGAAUUCCUGCGCCAGUAUCGCUAUGGCACCGACCGCACCGGCUUCACCUAUAAAUACAGAGAUGAACUCAAGCGGCACUAUAACCUUGGAGAGUACUGGAUCGAGGUGGAGAUGGAAGAUCUGGCUAGCUUUGAUGAGGACCUUGCAGACUAUCUUUAUAAGCAGCCCACAGAACAUCUUCAGCUGUUGGAGGAAGCCGCCCAGGAGGUGGCAGAUGAGGUGACACGUCCACGUCCUGCAGGUGAAGAAGCUGUGCAAGAAAUUCAGGUCAUGCUGCGCUCUGAUGCUAACCCUGCCAACAUUCGGAAUCUGAAGUCGGAGCAGAUGUCUCACCUUGUGAAGAUCCCUGGUAUCAUCAUUGCGGCUACAUCUGUACGAGCCAAAGCUAUAAAAAUCUCCAUACAAUGCCGCAGCUGCAGAAACACAAUCGGUAACAUCCCAGUGCGACCUGGCUUGGAGGGUUAUGCCAUGCCACGGAAGUGCAACACGGAGCAGGCAGGUCGCCCCAAGUGUCCUCUGGAUCCGUACUUCAUCAUUCCUGACAAAUGUAAAUGUGUGGAUUUUCAGACGCUGAAACUUCAGGAGUCUCCAGAUGCAGUGCCGCACGGGGAGAUGCCCCGCCAUAUGCAGUUGUACUGUGACAGGUACCUCUGUGACAAGGUGGUUCCAGGAAAUCGAGUGACAAUUAUGGGUAUUUAUUCCAUUCGUAAAAGUGGCAAAACCUCCAAUAAAGGCCGUGACCGAGUGGGAGUGGGAAUCCGAAGCUCCUAUAUCCGUGUUGUUGGUAUCCAAGUGGAUACAGAAGGCACAGGAAGGAGUGCAGCAUGUGCUGUGACUCCUCAAGAAGAGGAGGAAUUCCGGCGUCUUGCUUCUAAGCCUGACAUUUAUGAGACCAUUUCCAAAAGUAUCGCUCCAUCAAUUUAUGGCAGCAUUGACAUUAAAAAGGCCAUCGCAUGUCUGCUCUUUGGUGGAUCCCGUAAAAGACUUCCAGAUGGACUAACACGCAGAGGAGACAUCAACCUGCUGAUGUUGGGAGACCCUGGAACUGCCAAGUCUCAGCUUCUAAAAUUUGUGGAGAGGUGCUCCCCCAUUGGGGUGUAUACAUCCGGUAAGGGUAGUAGUGCGGCUGGUUUGACUGCAUCAGUCAUGAGGGAUCCUGUGUCCCGUAACUUUAUUAUGGAGGGAGGUGCUAUGGUGCUGGCAGACGGAGGCGUUGUUUGCAUUGAUGAAUUCGAUAAGAUGCGAGAGGAUGACAGAGUUGCGAUCCACGAGGCUAUGGAGCAACAGACCAUUUCUAUUGCAAAAGCUGGCAUCACAACCACCCUGAACUCUCGCUGCUCCGUGCUCGCUGCUGCCAAUUCAGUGUACGGGAGAUGGGAUGAUACAAAGGGUGAGGAGAACAUCGACUUCAUGCCCACCAUCCUAUCAAGAUUUGACAUGAUCUUCAUCGUGAAAGAUGAACACAAUGAGCAGAGGGACAUGAUCCUUGCUAAGCAUGUGAUGAAUGUACAUCUUAGUGCGCGGACACAAACUCAGGCUGUAGAGGGAGAGGUGGAUCUCAAUACCCUGAAGAAAUUCAUUGCUUAUUGCAGAACUAAAUGUGGCCCUCGUCUGUCAGUGGAAGCAGCAGAAAAGCUUAAAAAUCGUUACGUCCUCAUGCGUAGUGGUGCCCGUGAACAUGAGAGGGAGGCUGAAAAGCGAUCCAGUAUCCCCAUAACAGUCAGACAAUUGGAAGCCGUUGUCCGGAUUUCAGAAUCUCUUAGCAAGAUGAAAUUACAGCCCUUUUCCACAGAAACCGAUAUAGAUGAGGCUCUGCGUUUGUUCCAGGUGUCCACGCUGGACGCUGCCAUGUCAGGAAGUCUUGCUGGAGUGGAAGGGUUCACCACACAAGAGGACCAGGAGAUGCUGUCCCGUAUCGAGAAGCAGAUGAAGAGGAGGUUUGCCAUUGGCUCUCAGAUUUCUGAACACAGCAUCAUCCAGGAUUUCCUCAAACAGAAAUACCCAGAACAUGCGAUUCACAAGGUUCUGCAUCUUAUGAUGAGACGCGGUGAAAUCCAGCAUCGUCUUCAGCGUAAAGUCCUAUUCCGCAUUAAAUAAUGCAGAAGAGUGCGGAACCCGUAUGUGGAGUAUGGUCACCAUAUUGAAGUUGUGUAGCUUUGUGCUAGGACUUGGAUAAUUCCCUCUGCAGGAAUAUGUAAAUACGCUCAAAGAAUUGCAAAAGCUACAGGUCAAGAGGGGCUUAUGUAUAUAAAUGACCCAUUGGGCGAGUAGGGUAGAGAUUUUCUUAUGUUUAACAUUAGAUAAUUGACAUCCUAUAAUGUAUAAUGUGCUCCUGUUCUAAUGUAUGUAGUAGUUAUGCUUUCUCUCUGUGAGCCUCUACUUAAAAACAGUUCCUAAGUGAGCAAAAAUCUAAUAAAAAUGUUAUAUUCAGA